AUGAGAAGAGGAGUAGGAAUAGGAGCCCUUCAGGCUGAUAAACUCAGACAACAAAAAUUCAAAGAGAAGGGAGAAGAUGUAAAUAAUAUGCAAGUAUCUCAAAUGAAGGAAAGAUUGGACAUUUUCAGACAAAGUUUGGAAGAAUUUGCAAUUAAACAUAAAAAGGACAUUAACAAGAAUGCUGAAUUUAGACAUCAAUUCCAACAAAUGUGUUCAAAAAUUGGAGUAGAUCCAUUAGCCUCUAACAAGGGUUUUUGGGCUGAAUUAUUGGGGGUUGGUGAUUUUUACUAUGAAUUAGGUAUUCAAAUUAUUGAAAUUUGUCUCAAAACAAGAAACCAAAAUGGAGGACUCAUUGAAUUGAAUGAAUUAACUGAAAGAGUUCAAAAAACAAGAAACAAGUAUUCACAAAAAGAUUAUGAAAUUACAACAGAUGACAUCAAACGUUCCAUAAAGCACUUGAAAGUGUUGGGAAAUGGAUUUCAAUUGGUUAUGGUUGGAGGUGGAAGAUACUUUGUGCAAUCAGUUCCGUGUGAAAUGAAUGCUGAUCAGACAUCCAUCCUUUCAAGUGUAUUGGCCAAGAAGGCUCUUGAGGGUAUGACAGUCUCAGACUUUGAAAGAGAAUUAAUGUGGUCCAAGGAGCGUGUUGUUUCAGCUCUUCGACCUCUUAUCAUGGAAGGGUUUGCAUGGAUUGACACCCAAUCACCCAAAGGAGAAGAUGAAUAUUGGUUCCCUGGCUUGAUAUCUCAAUAG